AUGACCCGAAUCACGGGUUUCCUGUACAGCCACUUCUUUAGGACGCCACCGUAUCCCAAGGGAAACUUCAGCGGAAAAAUUACCAUUGUCACGGGUAGCAACGUCGGUCUUGGAAAGGAAGCAACGCGACACUACGCGCGAAUGGGCGCUAGCAGGCUCAUUCUCGCAGUGCGCCGUGUCGACAAGGGCAGAGAAGCGAGUGAUGACAUUGUGCGUACAACGGGACAUAAGAACACCGAGGUUUGGGAGCUUGAUAUGAGCGACUAUAGCAGCGUAAAGUCGUUUGUGAACCGCGCUGGAGCCGAGCUAGAGCGUAUCGACAUCUUUAUUGCUAACGCCGGUGUGGUCCGCUCUGAGUACUAUGAAGUUAAUAGGCACGAAGAAGGCAUAGCUGUCAACCUCGUCGCCACAACACUGCUGAUUGCUAAUAUGAUGCCUAAGAUGUGUGAUACAGCUACCCGGUUCAAUACUCGACCCACGUUCACCAUUACGGGGUCUGCCGCCUACGACCAUACGACCUUUUCCCAGAGCUCCGCCCCUGAUGGCCAGAUUCUGACUGCGCUGUCAGAUAGAGAGACAUGCAAGAAAUACUGGUCACAACAGUAUCCUAUAUCUAAGCUCAUACAGCUGCUAACUGUGCGCGCCAUUGCUGACCAUCAUCCAGCUAGCGAGUUUCCUGUUACCAUCAACAUUGUCAACCCAGGCUUGUGCUGGUCAACGCUGACAUGUGAUGUUACAGGCUGGGGGUUUUGGUUCUUCGGGCUGCUUGUGGCACGCUCGACAGAGGUGGCCAGUAGAACACUGGUGCACGCAGGUUCUUCGGGCAUGGAGACGCAUGGCAAGUAUCUAAACAACUGCAUGAUCGAGGAACCGAGUCCGCUGGUGACAGAUGCAGCGUGUAAAGAGGAGCGGGAGCGCAUUGUGGCUGAGAUUCUCAAGGAGAUUAAAUUCAUUCAGCCCGGUGUCUCAAGGAAUUCCCCAAUUUGUUUGAGCGGUAACAUUCGUGAGCGAGGAUUCAUACCCAGUGCGCAUAUAUAG